GCUCUCUCUAUACCAUCUGAGCUUGAAUCUGCGUUGCGGCUCAGGACUGUACAAUACUUUAUCACAAAGAGGCCUUGGCUUGAUCUUUAUGGAGUCCAUGUGAGGCCAGUGGCACCAUUCGGAAGCACAAGCAGUAAACCCCAGUUUGAUCCAGCAUUGAUUCAUCGUUGCUUGCCCGAUGAGCUUCUUUUCGAGGUGUUUGCUCGGAUGAUGCCUUAUGACCUAGGAAGAGCAGCUUGUGUCUGCAGAAAGUGGAGGUACACUGUUCGAAACCCUGUGUUCUGGCGUAACGCGUGCCUGAAAGCAUGGCAGACUGCUGGUGUUAUCGAGAACUAUAGGAUCUUGCAGUCCAAAUACGAUGGAUCGUGGAGGAAAAUGUGGCUUCUUAGAUCCAGAGUUCGUACCGAUGGUCUGUAUGUGAGUAGGAAUACUUACAUUCGAGCUGGAAUUGCUGAGUGGAAGAUCACAAAUCCAGUUCACAUAGUAUGUUACUACCGCUACAUAAGAUUCUACCCUUCUGGCAGAUUUCUUUACAAGAACUCUUCGCAGAAACUGAAGGAUGUUGCCAAGUACAUGAACUUUAAGGCUUCGAAAGCAGACAGUCUUUUCAGAGGCACUUAUACAUUGUCCAUGUCAGAUGAUAAGAUCGAAGCGGCUGUUCUGUACCCAGGGACACGCCCUACUGUCUUAAGGAUCCGUUUAAGGUUAAGAGGAACGGCGACUGGAGCCAACAACAGGAUGGAUCUGCUGUCACUUGUGACAAGCGGUGUGAACGAUGAGGAAGUAAGCACCACAGAAGAAGACAUUCUUGGUGUAGUUGAGAACUGGAGAGACGAUGAAACUCACAAUCCUGAUAUACCUGCCGUUGACCAAUCGGUCUUGAACUUACCUCCGGAGAAAAUGGAUUACUUUGUCACUGGCUAA